GUCACCCUAUUUCCAUGUGUGGGGGGAAAACAGACAUGGCGACGAUGUCGGAGCCUCUCGGAUUAGAAAGGGAUGUGUGCAGGGUGAUUGAGCUGCUGGACAGACUGCAGAGGAGCGGGGAGCUGCCCCCUCCCAAACUGCAGGCCCUCCAGAGAGUCUUGCAAAGCAAGUUCUGCGCUGCCAUCAGAGAGGUGUACGAGCAGCUCUAUGACACCCUGGACAUUGUUGGAGGACCCGAGGUGCGUGCCCAGGCAACAGCUAAGGCCACGGUGGCAGCCUUUGCAGCCAGCGAGGGUCAUGCCCACCCCCGGGUUGUGGAGCUCCCCAAAACGGAGGAGGGUCUGGGCUUCAACAUCAUGGGAGGGAAAGAGCAGAACUCCCCCAUUUACAUCUCCAGAGUCAUCCCUGGUGGAGUUGCAGACCGACAGGGUGGACUCAAGAGGGGUGACCAACUGCUGUCUGUGAACGGAGUGAGUGUGGAGGGGGAACACCAUGAGAAGGCAGUGGAGCUGCUGAAGGCCGCACAGGGCUCGGUGAAGCUGGUGGUACGCUACACUCCCAAGGUGCUGGAAGAGAUGGAGGCCCGAUUUGAGAAGAUGAGGAGUGCUCGCAGGCACCAGCAACACACCAGCUACUCGUCCUUGGAGUCCCGGGGCUAGUCAACCCUGCCUGAAUCAAGUGGCAUAGUCCACCCAGUCAUGCCCUCUGGUCCACUUGGAAGCCAGACGAAUAAGAAGAAAAGGAAAUUAAAGUAACUUCAAGAUCUAGACACUUGUCAGAUGUUACUUAAUUUAAAUAUAAGUAAUAGCCUGCGUUAUCAGAAGAGCUGAAAAGUACUACCCAGCUCCUGAAACAUCCUUCAAUGUAAUGCUGUGAAGAAAGUAUGUUUUGAUGGUUUACAGAGCUUGUAUUAAGGAAAUACAAAGGAAUUUCUAGGGACCUUUCUUGGGAUCUGUGCUGUUAAUUUACAAAUUUUAUGUGUUGAUUAGAUAGGAGAUUUGAUCUUGUGUAUGAAAUGCAAUCUGAGUGGACUGUCUCUAUGUCUAUGUAAACAGAUGAGAAUGAUAGUGCUCUGUAAGUGUUAAUGUAGAGAGGCAUAU